AUGGAGUCGCCAAGCAACAUGGACUGUCCCCCUCCACUCUGUGCAAGAGGUUGCGGUUUCUUUGGGACUUCGGCAAACAAGAAUAUGUGCUCAAAGUGCUACACGGAGUAUCUGAAAGAAAAGCUUCUUAAUAGGUGCCAGAGCUGCGAUUGCAACAAGAAACUUAAGCCGGUGCAAAUGACGUUAAAAUGCCGCUGUGGUGGAGUGUUUUGUGCAGAGCAUAGGUUGGCUGAAUCCCACACAUGUAGUGUGAAUUACAAGAAGGCUGGACAAGAGCUUUUGACCAAGCAAAACCCAGUUUGCAAGGGUGAAAAGUUAGAAUCGAGGGUUUAG